AUGCAGACGCGGCGCUUCCUCCGCUCGUUGCAGGACUACCUUCGAUCGGCAUUGAGCCAGGGGCAGCCGAUCGCUAUCCUAGGCCUGGUGCUUGUCGUCGGCCUCGUCUUCUCCACCAUGCAGAUCUUCCUCAAGGAUGACAAGGUCGGAGUCGGGCAUCUCAUUCCAGCUGGGUCGAUGUGCGCGAAUCAAGAAGACAUGUAUGAUGCGGAGGCGCGUCGAUGCCAGAUGGGCAACAAGUAUGCCUACGCCUACCUCCUCCGACACUCCUGGGUCAUGUGUGCCCCCAACAUGCCAGGAGCGAAAAUCCUGAGAAAGAGCGAAGUGAAGUACAAGACUUGA